AUGUUAAUAGGUUAAUGUAGUUAAAACAAAUGGAAUUUCAAGAUUUUAAGAAUAAAAAAACUAAAAAAUUUGCAGAAAGUUAAAGUAUAUACAUUAUUAGAAGUCAUACUUAAUAGAUAUUCAAUUUAAAAUUAUAAUUAUGAUUAAUUAUAAAUAGGAUUAAAUAAUUAUUAAGAUGAUAAAGACAAUGAAGAUUAGUAUUAUAUUUUUUUAUUAAUAUCUCUAGUAUUUAUUUGAUAUUAUUAAAUGAAACUGCGUAAAGUUAAAAAAUAUAAUAAAAAUUCUGUAUAAUCUAGAUAGUAUUAUAAUUAGAAUGGAGAUAAUAGCUUUGA